AUGGCCGCUGCUGCCAUACGCAAAUUCCGCCCUGUAGUGAUAUCCGGCCCCUCAGGCGCUGGGAAAUCAACAUUGAUAAAAAGACUCUUUGCCGAUUACCCAGAUACCUUUGCGCUUUCAGUUUCUCAUACAACCCGACCCCCCCGCGCCGGCGAACAACACGGGCGUGAAUACUACUUCACAACACGCGAUGGCUUCCAAUCCCUCAUCGACGAAGGCGGCUUUAUAGAGUGGGCCCAAUUCAGCGGGAAUUACUAUGGUACCAGCACCAAGGCGGUGAGGGACGUGGCGGAGAAGAAGCGCAUUUGCAUUCUCGAUAUUGAGAUGGAGGGCGUCAAACAAGUCAAACGCACAUCCCUAAAUGCGCGUUUCAUCUUCAUCGCCCCGCCCUCCCUCGAAGUGCUCGAGCAGCGCCUGCGGGGUCGCGGCUCGGAGACGGAGGAGAGUCUCCGCAGCCGUCUGGCGCAGGCGAAGAAUGAGUUGGAGUAUGCCACGCAGCCUGGCGCGCAUGAUAUGGUGCUUGUCAAUGACGAGUUGGAGGCUACGUAUAAGGCGUUGAGGGAGUGGGUGGUUGAUGAGGGGCGGUUUGGGGCGCUGGAGUGA